UUUAACAGUUGACAUUUGAAAAUCAAUUCGGUACGAAGCAAUACUUAAUUUAUAAAAUAUCAUUUUUUUUUUGAUGAAAGUGAAGAAAAAACUAAAAUAAUAAAAAGUAUUAAAAGUGUAAUUUUUAAAAACAAAAUCGGAGUAACUAUUUUGUACAUCGUACAUGAAUUUAUAAUAUACAGUAAAGGACUUUGUAGUGAGGAGUUCUCGGAAAGUUUUCAAAAUUAUCAAAUUUAAAGCGAAUAAAUGGAAAAUUAACAAUUAUAAAAAAAAUACAAAUACAAAACAAUAAUUUUAUUCAACAAAUGUAAAGUGAAUUAAAAAUAAAAAAAGAGGUGCAAUUUGUGGAUUAGAAAAAUUUUGAAAAUUAAAAAUUUUAAACAAAAUUAUCGGAAGCUCUAAUUCAAAUAAUAAGCCAAAUUAAAAGUCAAGCGAGAAGGAAAUUAAAAAAAAAGAAAAUGCGUCAUACUAGAAAUCACCGUCAUUCAAGAACUGAGAUUUCAAUUGAAGUUCCAGCGCAGUGUCAAUUUAAAGGAUCAAAUGCUUUUGAAGUUACAAAAGAUUUAGACAACGAAAAAAUGACUGCUUUGGAUCACUUGAAGUUAUUCAAAAAAUUUACUGAAGAUAAAGCUAAAAAUAUUUUUCGAAAAAAGAUGCUUUAUAAACGUUUACCAAUUUUAACAUGGUUACCAAAGUAUACAAAAGAAGAUGCUAUUGGUGAUUUAGUUGCUGGAUUCACUGUAGGUUUAACAGUAAUACCACAAGCUUUAGCUUACAGUGGUAUUGCAGGACUACCUCCAAAUUAUGGUCUUUAUGGCUCAUUUCUUGGUUGUUUCAUAUAUAUUUUUCUCGGAUCUAGUAAAGAUGUACCAAUGGGACCAACAGCAAUCGCUUCAUUAUUAACAUUUCAAACAGCAAAAGGUGUAUGGCAAAGAGCUGUUUUAUUAAGCUUCUUAACUGGUAUUAUUGAGUUACUGAUGGGAUUAUUUAAUUUGGGAUUUUUGAUAGACUUUGUGUCAGGACCUGUAAGCUCCGGUUUUACUUCAGCGGUUUCGUUAAUUAUUUUAACGUCACAAGUUAAAGAUAUUUUAGGAGUUAGGUCCUCAGGUACAACAUUCGUUCAAGCAUGGAUUUCCAUUAUAGAAGAUAUACAUAAUAUUCGACUAUGGGAUACGGCAUUAGGAUUAGCAUGCAUUGCGAUUCUACUGUUAAUGAGACAAAUGGUUAAUUUAAAAUUGGGGGAUGAAAAGAAACAAAAUUUAUUUGUGAAAAUUUUAAAUAAAUUUGUAUGGUUAUUGGCAACUGCAAGGAAUGCUGUAUUGGUUAUUACAUUUGGUGCAAUUGGUGCUUAUUUAUAUUCUAUCGGUGAUAGAUCAUUGAAAAUGAUUGGUUAUGUACCAGCUGGUUUACCAACAUUUCAAUUACCACCAUUUUCUAUUCCUGGAGAUGUAAUUUCAAGAAAUCAAACCGAAGGUGAACAUGCAGAAUUAAAAGGUGAAUCAUUUACCGAAAUGGUUUCAAAUAUGGGUUCAGGUUUAAUUGUUGUGCCAUUGAUUGCGUUAUUAGAAAAUAUUGCGACCUGCAAAGCUUUUUCACAUGGAAAACCUGUUGACGCUACUCAAGAAUUGAUUGCUAUUGGUACAGCAAAUAUUGCGAACUCUUUUGCCCAAGGAUAUCCUGGAUCAGGCGCUUUAGCUCGAGGCGCAGUAAAUAAUGCCAGUGGUGUUAGAACUCAAUUGGGUAAUCUGUAUACAGGAACCAUUGUUAUUUUAGCCUUGCUAUAUUUGACACCAUAUUUCUAUUAUAUUCCAAAAGCAACCUUAGCCGCCAUCAUUAUUGCCGCUGUUAUUUUUACAGUCGAAUACAGAGUUAUUAAACCAAUGUGGAGAAGUAAAAGAACCGAUUUAAUUCCUGGACUUUCAACAUUUAUUGCAUGCCUUGUCUUGCCACUUGAACUAGGAAUUUUAGUUGGAAUUGGUAUUAACGUUGUAUUCAUUCUUUAUCAUGCUGCUAGACCAAAACUACGAUUAGAAUUCAUGGUGACCGACAAUGGGCAUAAAUAUUUAGUUUUGACUCCAGAUCGUUGUAUUAUAUUUCCUUCAGUUGAAUUUGUUAGAAAUGAAAUCAAUAAACAAGGUUUAAAAUCAACUUUACCUGUCGUCAUUGAUUGCUCACAUAUUUAUGGGGCCGAUUUUACAGCAGCUAAAGUAAUAAGCACUCUUGUUGAUGAUUUUGGUAGUCGAAAACAAAAGAUUUUCUUUUAUAAUUUAAAACCACAUGUGUCAUCAGUAUUUGAAGGUGCUAAAAUUGAUUUGAAAAUAUUUUACAAUUUCGAUGAAUUAGAAAAUGCUAUAGCUGAAAUGCCUGAAGAUAGUGAUAGUUUAGAGAAAGUAUCAAUUCCAGAUAGAAUUUCUGAAGAAAAUGAGUUUGAAGAUAAUAAAUCAAAUAAAUCAGAUAAACCAAAACAAGUACUUAAUUUACCUAAAUUCCCAAGCACAGGUGAAAUCUCUGAAAUCAAAAAUUCACCUAGAAAUUCUCCAGGUGUUCACCGUUCUGCAAAUAUAGAUAAAGUUAUUUCUUCGAACGUACAACCAUCAAGUGCAAAUAAUAGUCAACCUAGUUCUCCAAAAUCUGAAUUAAAUAGAAAAAUACGGGAACUAUAUAAAAAGAUUGACCCAGAGGCACCCACAAAUAGCUCAAACUUAAACAAUGAUACAAAAUAGAUAAAUUUAGUGAAAAUAUUUUAAUUUUCUAAUUUUAUAUUAAUGUUUGAUAAUUGUAAUUUUUAUAUUAUUUAGAUAGACAUUAAUUUUUAGUUAAUAAGAUGUAAAAAUAAGAAAAUCGUUAUAUCAUAACCUUAAGAAAAAAAUAUCUUAGAGAAACCGUGAUCAAUUAUUGAAUCUUAAAAUUUAUGUUCGUGCACUUUAUGUACGAGCUGAUUAUGUUUUCACAUACUACAUAUUAUUAGAAUUUCUAAUCAUGUACUAACCUUUAAGUUACUUAAUUAAUUUAUUUAAUGUAUAGUUUUAUAUACACAGUAUUAAUUUCUUUUUCUUUUGUUAUAAUUUAAAUAUGUAUGUAAGACCAA